AACGACUCUCUUGCUCGGCUCUAGUCCUUGUCAAUCUUCCUCUCCCUGACCACCAUCUCUGGUCAAUGCAUUAUGGACGUCGCCCCUCCCCGCUCUCGGUACAGGCUCGUCGGUCAGCCCCUGCUUUAUGCCAUCUCCGUCUUCGCCAGUCUGGGGGUCUUUCUCUUUGGAUAUGACCAAGGAGUUAUGUCGGGCAUCAUCACGGGUCCGUAUUUUAAGAGCUACUUUAAUAACCCAGGCUCCAUAGAGGUUGGAACCAUGGUCGCCGUGCUGGAACUUGGCGCCUUAGCCACAUCCAUCGCUGCCGGACGGGUGGGCGAUGUCAUUGGUCGGAAAGGCACUCUCUUCACUGGUGCUCUGGUGUUCACCAUUGGGGGUGCUAUCCAAUCUUUCACUACCGGAUUUUACGUCAUGAUAGUUGGUCGUAUUGUCAGUGGACUUGGUGUCGGGUUGCUCUCCACGAUCGUCCCCAUAUACCAGAGUGAAAUUUCCCCUCCCAAUCAUAGAGGCGCGCUAGCAUGUAUGGAAUUUACCGGCAAUAUUGCGGGCUAUGCUUCCUCUGUGUGGGUAGACUACUUCUGCUCUUAUAUCAAGUCGGAUCUGUCGUGGCGUAUACCCCUGCUAAUGCAGUGUGUGAUCGGAGCUAUCCUGGCGGGUGGAAGCUUGGUUAUGCCGGAGAGUCCAAGGUGGCUUGUCGACACCGACAACGACGCUGCCGGGAUGAGAGUCAUUGUUGACUUGCAUGGAGGCGAUCCGACUAACCUUUUGGCACAAGCUGAAUUUCAGGAAAUCAAAGACGGUGUCAUGUUGGAGCGUGAAGCCGGUGAAGGGCGUGGCUAUGGCGUGAUGUGGAGGAAAUACAAGAGAAGGGUCCUCCUCGCUAUGUCAUCUCAAGCCUUUGCUCAGCUGAAUGGUAUCAAUGUCAUAUCUUACUAUGCACCGUCGGUGUUUGAAGAGGCCGGUUGGCUUGGCCGAGAUGCCAUUCUGAUGACAGGUAUCAAUUCGAUUGUUUAUCUUCUGAGCACAGUCCCGCCAUGGUACCUCGUAGACCGAUGGGGCAGACGUUUCAUCCUGCUAUCAGGCGCUGUUGUCAUGGGCGUGUCUCUGGCAUUUACUGGUUGGUGGAUGUACAUCGACGUCCCAGCCACUCCGAAAGCCGUUGUUGCCUGUGUCAUCAUCUUCAACGCUGGCUUUGGUUACAGUUGGGGUCCUAUCCCAUGGCUGUAUCCCCCUGAGAUUAUGCCUUUGAGCUUCCGUGCUAAGGGUGUCUCAAUCUCCACAGCAACGAACUGGGCUUUCAACUUUAUAGUUGGUGAAACCACGCCUUACCUUCAGGAAGUAAUCACUUGGCGUUUGUAUCCCAUGCAUGCCUUCUACUGCACCUGUAGCUUCAUCUUGGUGUACUUCCUCUAUCCCGAAACCAAAGGGGUUCCAUUGGAGGAGAUGGACGCUGUAUUUGGCGAAGAGGAGAGAUUAGACUACGAAUCUGAACGGGCUUCGCUGAUGUCAAAUGCUCGAUCUGUCGACCGUCAGUCAACUGGUUCUACGCCACAACCUAAAGUCAAGGCACCCUCGGAACGUGGUUGGGUCAGCAGGCUACUUUAUCGCAACGACAGGAGUUCCUACCAGCCCAUUCAAGACACCGACGAAUAGGAACUCACGAGGAUGGAUGGUGAACGUCACAUGGCAGAGGAAGAUAAUACAUCAUCCUCACCAUAAUCGUGUACAAUGUGCUCCCCAUAUCACUGCGGAGCGAUCCUGAUAAUGAGGGGCUUGUGUCCUUUGCGAUGCGGGAUGAGCGAACGAUAAGAUUUCUUCUCAGUGUUUAUAACUUGCUUUCCAUCCUCACUAGCGUAGUUUGGAGCAUCCACUAUCCCGAUUGCAUUACUUCUUUGUAUCUUAACUUCCAAUUGUCAAUACAGCCCUUGAUGAU